UUUUUUUUUUGUUAGAAAAAAUGAUGAUGUUUUCUUUAUGUUUAUCUAAAGGUUUCCUACCAACUACCAAAGCAUGGCAACAUACAACCUUCAGAACAAUGGCUAUCAAGACAUUUACAAAGGGACAACCUUUUACCCCUAACCAUCGCGUUUAUUUUGAAAACAAUGGCCAAGUGAUCUCUCCAUUUCAUGAUAUUCCUCUUUAUCCUAACAAUGACAAAUCUAUUGUUAACAUGGUAGUAGAAGUACCAAGAUGGACUAAUGCCAAAGUGGAGAUAGGCACCAAGGAACCCUAUAAUCCUAUCAAGCAAGAUAUGAAAAAGGGCAAGCUUCGAUUUGUAGGCAAUUGUUUCCCUUACAAAGGUUAUAUAUGGAAUUAUGGUGCUCUUCCACAGACAUGGGAAGAUCCUAACAUGAUCAAUGAAGAUACCAAGGCAAAAGGUGACAACGAUCCAUUAGAUGUGUGUGAAAUUGGACAACAAGUAGGGGAAUGUGGUGAUAUCAAGCAAGUUAAAAUUUUAGGUGUAAUGGCUUUACUAGAUGAAGGAGAAACAGAUUGGAAACUAUUGGCAAUUGAUAUCAAGGAUCCUUUGGCAAAUAAACUGAAUGAUAUCAAGGAUGUUGAACAACAUUUUCCAGGAUUGAUUGAUGCUACAAGACGUUGGUUUAGGAUUUACAAGUUACCGGAUGGAAAACCUGAAAAUGAAUUUGCUUUUGAUGGGGAAUGCAGGAACAAGGAUUAUGCUGUAUCCGUUGUACAAGAAACUCAUGAAGCAUGGCGUCGAUUGAUUCGUAAUCAAAGUGAAAUGAAAGAUCUCUCUUUGGUUAAUGUCACAGUUGAAGGCUCACCUUUCAGGACAUUACAAGGGAUGGAGAAAUCGCAAGUGACAGAGGGACUGCAGCAAAGCAAGGAUGAAAUAUCACAACCCGAUGAACGUUGGUAUUAUUACGCUUGAUUUGAAGAAUAAAUAUUGUUAUUAGAGUCGCAAAUUAUUAUUAUUAUUAUUAUUUUGAAAUAAAAUAAUGUGUAUACUAGGAAAAAAAA